GUCAGGCGUAAAUGACUUCCACCACAGCGAUUUGGACUGGAGUGGACUGGAUGAGACAGUUCCUCGCUGAAUAUUAGCGGAUUUACUCAGUAGCUGUGUGGACAGAAACACUCAUGUAGCUCGCUGUUGUUCCGCUCCUCGCGUCGCUUUCACAUUGUUAUCCCCUCACAGUGUUUGCCCCGCCCUCGAGCAGCGACCCCCUCACAACGCCUGAAUUUCCCUCCGCCAGUAACAUGUCCAUGUUCAGCACGGGCAUCCUUGUGCUGACGUCACCUCUCCACACCCUCCCUUUGCGCAUCGCUCCUGUGCUGAGCUCAGCCGCUCAGCUUGUGGAGCGAACGCUGUACGUCCACCUCCACCCCGGCCUGAACCUGGGAGGUGGGAGCCAGCCUCGGCCAGUUUUCAUUCCGCCGGUCGUGGACCUGUCGACGCUUAUUUCCCGCCUUUACAGCAACGCGGCUGACGUGUGCGGACACCUGGAUGUGCGCGUUUUGCUGACCAACGUUCGCGCCCAGUCCCAGGCGGUUUCAAAUGGCCCCUUCCCCUCGCCACAAUCUCUUUCUCACUCCCCGGAGGUGGUGCUUACAGACUUUCCUCUGCAGGACCCUGGAGAGUCCCAUCAGGUGACGCAGUGUCUGCAGAGGUACACGGGCCACUGCUACGUCUGUAGUCCCAGCCUGCCCUCGGUGCUGCUUCACCCACAGCUAAUGAAGCUGCAGGAGCAAGAGGAAGAGCUGAAAGAGCCCGAACAAAAGGCAGAGCCCUUGGAGACCUACAGCGAUGUGGUGGUAGGGGGGACGUUUGACCGGCUUCACGGGGCCCACAAGACGCUGCUCAACAUCUCAUGCCUUCUAGCCAACAGAAGGUUCCUCAUUGGUGUGUGUGACCAAGCAAUGCUGAAACAAAAGGUGCUCAAGGAGCUGAUCCAGCCCUACCCCCUGCGGGUCCAGAGACUGCAGGAGUUCCUGCAAGACAUCAAACCCUCGCUGCAGGUGGAGAUCGUGCCCCUCGACGAUCCCUUUGGAGUGUCCGUGGUCGACCCCCUGCUGCAGUGCAUUGUGGUUAGCGAGGAGACGAGAAGGGGAGGCGAGGCGGUCAACAGGAAACGCAUUGGGAACGGCCUUCCAGCUCUCAUCCUCCAUGAGAUUCAGCUGCUCAAGGAUGCCCACCACACUGAGACAGAGGAGGAGAAGAUCAGCUCCUCCAGCCUACGCUCGCGCCUGCUGGGCACCCUCCUCACCCCACUGAAGGACACGUCCCAUCUCGCUCCCCUUCCAUAUGUGAUCGGCCUGACGGGAGGCAGCGGCAGCGGGAAAAGCUCCAUCGCCAGGCAGCUGGAGGAUCUGGGGGCAGUCCGGAUCGACUGCGACAAGCUGGGCCAUGAGGUGUACCAGCCUGGCACAGCGGCAUAUCACAGAGUGCUGGAGGAAUUUGGGUCAGAUCUCCUGAAUGAAGAUAAAACCAUCAACAGACGUGCGUUAGGGAAGAAGGUUUUUGGAAACAAGGAGAGGUUAAAAGCCCUAACAGACAUUGUAUGGCCUGAGAUUGCACUUCUGGUGAAGGGCAGAAUCAGCCAAGCCAGACAAGAAGGUAAACAGGUGUGUGUGGUGGAUGCAGCGGUCCUUCUGGAGGCCGGCUGGACGGACAUGGUCCACGAGGUCUGGGUCACCGUCAUCCCUGAUGAGGAGGCAGUGUCAAGGAUAACGGAGCGAGACGGUGUGACCUCGGAAGAUGCCGAGCGCCGGCUGCAGAGCCAGUGGUCCAACGCCAAGCAAGUUGAACACGCCAACGUGGUGCUCAGCACGCUGUGGGAGAAGGAGGUCACUCGGAAACAGGUACUGAAAGCUUGGAAUCUUCUUCAGAAGAGAAUCCAACAGAGGCAAGAGGGACCGUAGGAACACGUGUGCGUCACUACAUCAUCUCAGCUGCGAGCGGCAAACACAGAACAAGCGUGUGUCGGGUCCAGGGACUCGUGUGCAUGUAUGACUGAUCGACAUGAGGAAACGCUGCCUUAGAAAGAAGUGAGAGCGGUUACUGUGCCAUCGUAGCAAAACCCAACAAGCUUCUUUGACCAAGACUCAGUGCCUGAUUCACUUUCCACCGGUUUUUAAAGUCUGGUUUUAUUUUUAGGAUGCUGUGUGAAAUGAAAGGGGGAGGGGGCAAAAAGACUUUAUAAUAGUAAUAGUAAUAAUAAUAAUAAUAAUGAUCCCUAAACAAAAUAAUAUUUGGAAUUCAAAUGCUGGAAUUCAUGUUCGGGAUUAAUAAAGUGUCACCUUAUCUCAAGAGA